UUAAGAUUUUUCUGGAUUUAUUCUGCUCCCACAGACUAUGGUACAUGAGUUCUGUUGACCAUUUAACGUGGAGUGCCCUAUGGUCUUACAUGUAAUGGGCUGGGGAGUGAAGUAGAAAAAAAAAGCAACAUGGCAAUCACACAGCUCAGUAUUCCUGAACUCCAGUGGCAUAUUUCUGGUGCCUGCGCAAUUGCUGCUUAUGCUUCACUAGAGCGGUGUUUCCUUUUAUCCUAUUUCUUGCAAAAUGAUCUGCUACAUAUAAAAUGAUGGAAUGGAUUCUUAUGUCAUCUUAUACGACAGGGCGGCCAUCAACUGUGGCUCAAGUGGACAAGAGGAUGCUCUCCAUCAAGCCUCAUCAGUGUUUCACUAGGCUCCCACACUCGAUCAAAGAAUGCUGCCAUUGGAAGGCAAGUGAAUGGCGCCACUGGCUCCUGUUCUACGCUGUGCCAUGCUGUUCAGGGAUCCUGCCACAGCGUCACCUGAACCACUUCGUGCUUCUUGUUGAAGCUGUGCACAUACUUCUUUUAGAAGAGCUCACCGCGCCACAACUUCAACGUGCUGGUCGUCUACUGCAAGAGUUCGUGUCUUGGACAAAGACUCUAUACAGUCCACGCCUGAUGACAUUCAACUUACACCAGUUGCUGCACCUCACAUCUGCUGCGGAGAGCUUUGGGCCACUAUGGGCACAUUUGGCAUUUGUGUUUGAGAGCGGCAAUGGACGACUGCUGAAGACCAUAACGGGAGCGAAAGGGGUGCCAAAUCAGGUCGUGAAGAGGCUAGUGAUGCUGCAACAGCUGCAGCUUGUUACGAAACUGAAUUCCUUUGAAACUAAGGUGAAAGAUUUCACCUCCUCUCUUCUCGGUUAUCCGAAAACCUUGGCAGUGACAGGCAUUGACACGGUAUCCCUUUUUGGAAAUGGCAAUCCUCUGCCCGAGCUGACAGCUGAAGAAAUUGGUGCUUUAUGCUCAGUGUAUAUGCUGCAAGUGCUUGGUACGAAUAUUUUCGUUUUUCGUUCAAGGGAACUAUUUUACAUAGCAGGCAUUACAAGUGGGCAAAGAAAAGUGAUUCCAGCAUUGUGCGAUCUACUGAUAAUGAGUAUUUUGCCAUUGAAAGGACUUUUGUUCCCAUGCUGGACUCCUUGCACAAUAGUGAAAAAAUCGUUCUUUUGUGCAAAAGAAUAGUAUGUAUCGAAAAUACUGUGAAGCUGCCUAGCCACA